AUGAGCCACGCGGACCUCGAGCUGAAUAGCUUUCAGCUCAAGGUCGAAUUUCUUCUGAGAAUUCCUCCUGAAAGACAUACAGGUUAUCAUGCUGAGCCACAUAUCCAAACCAAAGCGAUAAGCCAUACAGGUUCGACCUCGAGCCGAAAGCGUUUCGACCCGAGUUCAAUGCGGUCCACAGGCCGGGUUGGUUCGGGCCAACACCAUGACCUCGAGCUGAAAACAGUUCGGCUCGAGGUCAAUCCUUCAUGGCCCAGAUCUGCAGGAGACCUCGGGCUGAAUCGUCUUCAGCUUGAGGUCGAUAUCAUUUUGAGAAGCCAUAUCGACCUCGAGUUGAAACCAUUUCGACUCGAGGUUGAUCCCUCCUUACUAUUGACCUCGAGCUGGAAACAUUUCAGCUCGAGUUUCGACCUCGAGUUGAAAGCGUUUCAACUCAAGGUCGAUGCGGGCCAAGGGCUGGGCUGGGCCGGGCCGGGCCUGAUUACACUUCAGCUGCAUAAAUCCUUACUGGAUUGUUCUUCAUCUGAACUUGGCAUGGGUGUUUUACAAGUAGGAGGGGCUGAUGGCCUCCUGGGCCAUCAUAGAAAGGCUCUCAAAGGCUCUCACAGGAUAUAG